AUGAGCCUCACCCUGUGCUAUGCUCUGACCAGCAACUAUCUGCAGUGGUCAAAGGGCAUUGAUGUCAAAAACCAUCAGCCCAAUCAAACCUAUCCAAGCCAGGGAUUUAACAACUCAAAUGAAACCACUGAGAUUCAAUACCACUUGGCUUAUCCACGCAACUACCACUUUAUCAUGGACCACACAGAGGUAUGUAAGGCCAAGCCCCCUUUCCUGGUUCUGAUGGUCGCAGUGGCAACCUAUGACAUGGCAGCUCGGGACGCCAUCCGGAGGACAUGGGGCAAAGAGACCCUAGUUAAAGGUGAGCUGGUCAAGACUCUCUUUUUGCUGGGUCUCCCUGGAGGAGAUGAUGCUGAGCAGAAGCAGCAGAAGCUCAGAGGGGAGAACUUGCUGUACAACGAUCUGAUCCAGAGCAACUUCAUGGACACUUACCUCAACCUGACCAUCAAAACCAUGGUGAUCAUGGACUGGCUGGCUACCCGCUGUCCUGAGGCAGCCUACGCUAUGAAGAUUGAUGCUGACAUGUUCUUGAAUGUUGACAACCUGGUCAUCAUGCUGAAGAAACCUGGCAUCCCCAAGCAGAAGUACCUGACAGGUUUGAUAAAGGAGAAUAUAGAAGUUCUUCGCGAUAAGGACUCCAAGUGGUACGUUUCAGAGGAGCUGUUCCCGGAUCCCGUCUACCCAACUUAUGCCCUAGGAAUGGGAUAUGUAUUCUCCAAUGAUCUUACAGAGAAAUUUGUGCAGGCUUCAAAGGCUAUCAAGCCUUUUAAUAUAGAGGAUGCCUAUAUUGGCAUGUGCAUGAAAAAACUGGGACUUAAGCUCACUGCACCUCCAGAUAUGUCUCAGUUUAAGGCCUAUUUCAAAAGCUACAAUCGCUGUGAGUUCUCCCAAGUGAUCACCUACAUUCUUGUCUCCUCAGAGGACUUGCUGAAAUACUGGGGAGAUGUAAAGAGGCCUGGCUCACCUUGUCAGAGUUAG